GAGGGAGCGAGGAGCGGCCGGGUGUGAGUGCGUGUGGGAGUGCGUGUGUGCGGGAGUGGGGCUGAGGGAGAGCCCGAGCGGGCGCGAGGCUGCGAGGAGGAGGGCGAGUGUGCGAGGGCGCCCGGCCUGGCCGCGGGAGCCGCGGCGGCGGAGGAGAAAGGAGGCGGCUCCCGGCAUCCCGACCCCUCCCCCUCUCCUCGGGCUUCCAGCCGCUCGCUGCCCGCGCUGCCCUCCGAGGCCCCGACCCGGCUCCGCUGGCCGCGAGCGAGGGAGGAGCCGCCGGAGCCAGAAAGAGUUUACAUUGAGGAGGAAAUAAUCCAGGAAAAGGAAGAACAAGCAGAUCAAGAUGUGUAGCUCUGUGGCUGCCAAGUUGUGGUUUUUGACAGAUCGUCGAAUCAGGGAAGACUAUCCCCAAAAAGAAAUCUUACGAGCAUUAAAGGCCAAAUGUUGUGAGGAGGAACUGGACUUUAGGGCUGUGGUUAUGGAUGAGGUGGUGCUGACAAUCGAGCAAGGAAACCUGGGCCUACGGAUCAAUGGAGAACUAAUUACUGCCUACCCCCAGGUGGUGGUAGUGAGAGUACCAACCCCUUGGGUGCAAAGUGAUAGUGACAUCACUGUUUUGCGCCAUCUAGAGAAGAUGGGAUGUCGGUUGAUGAACCGACCUCAAGCCAUCCUGAACUGUGUUAAUAAAUUCUGGACGUUUCAGGAGUUGGCUGGCCAUGGUGUUCCUCUGCCAGACACUUUCUCUUAUGGUGGUCAUGAAAAUUUUGCUAAAAUGAUUGAUGAAGCAGAAGUAUUGGAGUUCCCAAUGGUAGUGAAGAAUACACGGGGUCAUAGAGGCAAAGCUGUUUUCUUGGCUCGAGAUAAGCACCAUUUGGCCGAUCUAAGCCAUCUUAUUCGCCAUGAAGCUCCAUACCUGUUCCAGAAGUAUGUUAAAGAGUCUCAUGGACGCGAUGUACGUGUCAUUGUUGUUGGAGGCCGUGUAGUUGGCACCAUGUUACGUUGUUCAACAGAUGGGAGGAUGCAAAGCAACUGCUCGCUAGGUGGUGUGGGGAUGAUGUGCUCAUUGAGUGAACAAGGGAAGCAGCUAGCUAUCCAGGUGUCUAAUAUCCUGGGGAUGGAUGUGUGUGGCAUUGACCUGUUGAUGAAAGAUGACGGCUCCUUCUGUGUCUGCGAGGCCAAUGCAAAUGUAGGUUUCAUCGCCUUUGAUAAGGCUUGUAAUCUAGAUGUAGCUGGUAUCAUAGCGGACUAUGCCGCCUCCCUUCUGCCCUCUGGCCGGCUCACCCGGCGUAUGUCCCUGCUCUCCGUGGUGUCCACAGCCAGUGAGACUAGUGAGCCGGAGCUGGGUCCCCCAGCCAGCACUGCUGUCGACAACAUGAGCGCAAGUUCCAGCUCUGUCGACAGCGACCCUGAAAGCACGGAGCGAGAGCUGCUCACCAAGCUCCCAGGGGGCCUAUUCAACAUGAACCAGCUGCUAGCCAAUGAAAUCAAACUCCUGGUGGAAUGACUCCACCAGUAAAUAAUUAACCAACAAAACCCUUGUAAAACUUUCUUUUUCUUCUUUCUUUUUCCUUUUUUGUUUCUUUUUUUAAACCAACUUGCAAUGCUGUUCAUGGAAGAUACUCAGGAGAAUGAGAGAAAAUUGAGUAGGAUUAGUUAGGAGAGGAGAAAGGGGAGAUAGACUAGACCUCUGCUAUUAAGAUGUUGCUUUCACUUACAAAUCCUAUAGAUAAAGAGGCAGAAGAGGUAAGAUACAGAAAAUUGUCAGGCUCUUGUAGUUACCCUUUUAAAUUACUCAAAAAUGUGUAUGCUCUCAGGCCAUGAAGAACAUACAAAAUUUUUUCAUGGUCUCUGUUGUUUUUGUACAGUUGGUACAAAUUUCAGAGUAGCAUAACUUCACAUUGUGUUGCAAAGAUUUGUAGUGGGUGAGGGAAACAUCUACCUGAAGUACAGCAGUUUUUUAAUACAAAUCUGAAAAUUCUGCCUUUACCAUAUUAACUAGCAGCUUUAUGUUCAUAGUUUAUGAGAUCUUGAAGGAUUUAUUAUUUUUGUUUUUUCCCUUAAUUUGGGUGGGAGAGAAACAUGACUGUGACUCAAUAAAGGUUUUUUAAUGACAAAAUUGGCAUGUUUGCAUGAUAAAAGGGAAAUGAACAGUAUUGCAACGUCUGGUACACAAAAUAACAUUUACUCCAAUGUAGAUAAAAUUACACUAGUUUAAAAUAUGUGCAUUGACUUGUAUUUGUUAGUGUUUUAGUCUUUUUUGAAAGAUAUAUGCUCUGUUAAUGUUGCAUUUUUUUUUAAUACGUGCUAGUCUAACAUUCCCUGAUCUAUGCCUGCAUCUUUAACAAUGGCCAAAGUGAAGAAAAUGCUACCUUUUUUGUUAACAAGACACUGACUUGAAAUAUGUGCAUUUAAAGCCUUUUUUUUUCCCUUUUUUCUUUUGGUGGUUGGGCAUUUAAACAAUAAGGACAAGGAAAAAUAUUUUUAGGGGGCAAAUCAAGGGCCUAUAAGUUCCUAAGUAUAAAGCGGAAGUGAUUUCUAAUACCAGUGUUAUAUAUUUGCAUUUUUCACAUUUUAGGAGGGGGUAUAUGUGUGUGUGUGCACGCAUGCAUGUGUAUGUGUUUUGCUUUUUGUUUUCACCAACCAAUCAAAAAGGAUAGAUUCUAGAAAAUGGAGCAUGAUGGGAAACAGUUUUUUAAUUUAAGAAACAGAUGAGUUGUUUUCGUAGCUAUGCUCCACUGGGGUGGAGGUACUCACCUAAAGACAUAAGGAGAAUAGAUGCUUCUUAGGCCUUUCUGUGUAUCUAUAUGUUUGAUUUUUUCCUUUGGUUCUGGACUGUUCAGUGUAUAAUUUAUUCAAGGCUACAUGCUUUUCUUCAAUGCUUCUGGCUGUGCGUUUUCUCCUAUUACACAGGUUUUGGGGUGGGAUGGACUGGACGUUUUUGGUUUGGGGACUUAUUUUAGCAGUGUUGAGUCUCUUAUAGCCCUACUCUGAAGCCUUCAAUACUCUUCACUCUUUAUAUUCCUUUACUUUCUGAUUUAUAAAAGCCCUGAAACUGCAUAUAAUAGGAGCCUUUAAAACAUGGGUAAAGCCAUCCCAAUGAUGGGUUUGGAAGGUGUGUUAAGAAAUGGAGAUGCUCCAGAGCUCAACGUAAUUUUUUUAAACAGCAAGUUCCAUCUCCCUACAAUCCUCUGAAGCUUUUACCCAAGUUGUUUCUUGCCUCUCCAGUGCUUUUUUCCCCUCAGAUGGACCUUAAACAUAAUUUCUCGGACACUACUAGAGAGACUUCGAGGCAAUAAUAAAAGAUCAGUAUUAACCAGCUCUAACAGAGGUUUGAUCAUGCUUACUUGUACAGUUUUUCCCCCGUUUUAAAAAGGAAUGUAAUAAAAUUUGUUUUUUCCAUAGAAUUAAAUAAUAUUAAAAUUGAGUGGAAGGUUGACUGUUGACAAAUAGAAUAGUACCUCUAAUCUGUGCAGUGUCUCUUUUCACCUCAGAAAAAGAUACAUAAGAGGAGUUUCUAAUUUAUUUUUAGGAUAUUCUAAUCUCAUCUAAAAGAAUUUGACUUGCACAGGGUUAUUGUGGGACUUACAUACAUAUAUAAGUACCUCUGACUUAUUAACAGAAAGAAAUACUUGGUACUUCUUUCACUGAAUGACCAGACUUUGAAGGAUGCAUACCAUUUGGGAUAGAGAAAUAAAUAAGGGAGAAAUAACUGCUUAAUUAAAUCAUCAUUCAUGUGUUUGUGUAGAGACCAUCUGGUUGACAUAAAUUAUGGUACAUAUACUUUGAAUAGUUACAUAUCACAUGUACAUAGAUUAAUGAAUUUUAAAACACAAAUAAAACACCCUCUCUAUUUGAUGAAAAACUCAAGUUUCGUGUUGGGUUACCAGGAAAAAUAUAGGUAGCCUUUAAAAAAAUCUUACCCAAUUAAUCAAGUAUAUCAUAAAAAAUAUCUGAGAUUACUUCACCUUUAGUUUUAUUAUUUAUCCAUCUUUUUGCAUUCACACUAUAUUAAAAUAUAGUUUUACAAACAUAUUUCUGGAUCGUGCACUCACAUGUUAGAAUGAGAAGGGCAGGAAUGGUCAUCUUAGACUUUAAAAACAUGAAUAUCUUCUUGAAUUCCCUCAAAAAUUAAGGUAAAGAAUGUGAACAAAUCAUUCUGGAAGAACCCAAAUAAAACAGCCCAGAUGUUUAAGUGAAAGUUAAAUAUAUUUUCGUAUUAUUUAAUAACUUUUGUAUAAUCUUAAUUGCUAUUAUAAGAGGUAAAAUUGUAUUUAUCAAAUAUGUAUAAUCAUUAUCUCGCCAAAAUCUGAAUUAUUGUAAAAUUAUUGUGUAUUGUUAAAAUUGUAAUUCUGAAUUGUAUUUUGAAAGUAAUUCUUUCUGAUAUUGUUUUUUAUGUCAUCAUGAUGAAAACUGGACUAUACACACACACACACAUAUAAAUAUGAACUAAUUUAAAAUUUUUAAUAGUUUUUUUCUUUUUUGGUGCCUAAAAUUGAUUGGUGAUUUCUGCUGGCUUUUAUUCCACUGAACUUUGAAAUCUUUCUGUAUAUACUAUCAAUAAGAAAAUACCCUGGAACAUUAGAAAAUCCUUCAAGAGACUUGCUUUCCUCAAGCA